GUGCAUUAUACUACUGUGGAAGAGAGAGCGGCACAGUGUACAGGAGCGUCAGUCUUCAAUAAUCCGUCAUGCUGAACACACGCCACCCUUUCGUUGCUGCGGCGCUUCUCUCCAUCUUCAUUCUCGAUGUUGUUGUCAAAGUGUCAGCCUCGCCGGUAGCGGAGGGUGGUGGCGGCUCCUACAGCAGCACACGACGGAGACCUGACACCUGCAGAAUGCUCAUCCUACUAAGCGUGUCUCGGGGUCCCCUAUGGAUGUAUAAAAGAAAACUGGGCCCCUCUUUAGACAUUGGUAUUUUAAUUAAAAUCCAUUUGCUAAAAUGCAAUGAGCUGGACGAGAACCCACCGCUGGAUGACGACUGGAACUGGCAGUGGGUGACGGAGGAAGGUCAGCCGGGGAACGUUCGCGACUACGAUAAGCUCAUGAUGCUGUUGGAAGAAACGGAGGAGGCUGGAGUGCUGGAAUCUUACUACGACACAAGCUACGGCCAGUACUUCCUCGACAGGUUCCAGGAAGUGUUCCCCGACAACACCCAGCACCGGGAGGGCCUGCUGCAGUUUCUCCACCAGACAGUGAAUACCGAAGAAGGGACAGGCUCCUGGUUGGAUAUGUCCGCCGAGGAUGCCGACCAGUACGAUUUCCAAGGAGAGGACUAUCAGUGGAAGAACGGUUACGACACACUCAUCACGCAUCUCAAGAAGACGAUACCAGACUCCAUCGUGCACCUCUCCAGCCCAGUGACUCAGGUGCAGUGGGAUUCCUCCGAGUUUCCCUCCCAGGCGUUAGUGGUGACCCAGAACGGCAAGUCAUUCUACGCCCGCCACGUCCUUGUCACCGUGCCCUCCGCCUACCUGCAGAAGAAUCAUGCCACUAUGUUCCAGCCUAGCCUCCCCAAUGACUUCCUGCAGAACCUGGAGGCGGUGAAGCUCGGUGUGGCCAACAAGGUACAGAUAGGAUGGGCCGAGCCUUGGUGGGGCAAUGGACUCUACAGCCUCAACAUCCUGUGGAGUCAGUUCAACCUCCCGCCCCACAUGGCGUGGUUGUAUGACGUGGUGAGCACGUUUAGCGUGCACCAGCAGAAGGCAGUGGUGGAGCUCUUCGUCACGGGCGGCAGCUCUAUUUAUAUGGAGGAGCUGAAGGAGGAAGAGGUGAAGGACCACGUCAUGGACCUCAUUACGAAGGCUUCCGGUCAGGACGUGCCGCAGCCUACUUUCUUCAGGAGGACGAGAUGGAGCCGUGACCCUUGGACUCUGGGCUCAUACGCCACCUUCAUCACAGUGGAGGGGAACAGAGCCGGCCUGCACAGCCACAGUCAGCUAGCCAGCCCCAUCAAGAACUCUGCAGGCCACACGGUGUUGCUGUGGGCCGGGGAACACACCCACGACACUCGCUAUGGGACGGUGGACGGGGCCAUGGACACAGGCAACAAGGAGGCCCUCAGGAUACUCAGCCUCAAGUCCUCCUCGCUGUAAGUGGAGGUCUUCAUCCACACGAUCUUCACCUCAUCCUCUUCGCUGUUAACCACCAACGUUCAUCCUCCCCGACUGAAGGCACUCCUUUUCUUUCUGUUUCCCCUUUCACCUUUCCCUUUCUUGUUUCUCGCCUGAAAUACUAACAAUAUUCGCUCUUCUUCAGUCCCCUCUUUUGCCUUCCUUCUCUCUCCUUUCCGUCGGAUUGUCGGUGUGGGAUAGACGAUUGCAGCGAUGAUUGGAUGGCAGUUGUGUCUUAUGAAAUGUUUCUUUUAUUUUCUACAGUUGACGUAUUCAAAGUUUUUUGUGGAAUAAUAAAUAAUGGGUUCGAGUUUGCAUUAAACACUUUAAACACUUUAAACACUUUAUCAUAUUUGUCUUAUGUACAUGGAUUAAAAAAAAAAUAGUUUACCACGACAAAUAGCCCUUUGUAAGCUAUAGAUAGCUUUAUGGGCAAUAAUAUGAAUUUACAGAUACACAAAAAGAUAACUAUUCUGCAUGAAAAGAGAGAGAGAGAGAGAGAGAGAGAGAGAGAGAAAAGGUCCAUUUAUGUUAUAAACACAUUGGGUAAUUACAUAUGUACAUGUACUUAUUUUGUCAUAUAAAAGUAAACUCCUAUCCAAAAUAUAAUUUUUCAUAUCACUCAUAAAAUAACAAUAAAAACAAUACUAAUAGUGAUAAUAAUAAUAAUAAUAAUAAUAAUAAUAAUAAUAAUAAUAAUAAUAAUGAUAAUAAUAAUAAUUGAUAAUAAUAAUACAUAUGAGAUAAAUAUAAUAAUAAUUUUACAUUUAUCAUCAUUAUCAUAAGAUGAAGUAGAAAGAUUAGUAAGAACAUAGUAUAUGUCUUUUAAAUUUUUGCUUAAAGGAUGAUAUGUUGGUUGAUUGUUUGAUAUGAAGUGGUACUUCAUUCCAUAUUUUAGGUCCUAGGUACAGCAAUGAAUGUUUGAAAAGUGUUAGUUUGUGACUGGGUAUUUGCAAUGAAUAUUGGUUACGGGUUUGGUAAUUGUGUAUAAGUUGAGUGUUAUAGUUAUUAGAAUUUAUUGUUUUAUACAUAUAAGAUGCAAUAUUCAGUUUAGAUAAGUCAUCAAGGUUCAAGAUAUUUAGUGUUUUAAAUAAUGGAGGGGUGUGCUCAUUAAAACUAUUGUUGGUCAUUAUCCUGUAAUUUUUUUAUGUAGUAUAUUGAGUUGAUACAAAUGACAUGGGUAAGUAAGGGACCAGAUAAGGUUACAGUAAAUAAGAUGGGGAUAUAUGUGAACAUAAUAUAAACAUUUAAGAAUAAUAAUUGGGGUAAAAUGUCUUACUUUGAGUAGAAGUGGGAUAAUUCUUGAUAUCUUUAAACAUAGGUGGUACUUAAAGUUUAAAUUUCUAUUAAAUGUUAUACUAAGGA